AGAAGGCAAAUGUUCCCCCAGCUGUUUCCUGUCUACAGUGUCUGUGUAAUGUAGAUAAAUGUGAGGAUUUUCUCUAAAUCCCUCUUCUGUUUGCUAAAUCUCACUGUCACUGCUAAAAUCAGAGCAGAUAGAGCCUGCGCAAUGGAAUAAAGUCCUCAAUAUUGAAAUGUGACAUUGCUUUCAGCAUCUCACCUCUCUCUGGAUUUUUCUUUUUCUUUUUCCCCCUCAUUAUUACUGCUAACCAAUUCAUUUCCAGAGUUUGCACUUAAGAAGCAAUGGAAAAAAUCAACAGUCUUUCAACACAAUUAUUUAAGUGCUGCUUUUGUGAUUUCUUGAAGGUGAAGAUGUACACCGUGUCCUACGUUCAUCUCUUCUACUUUGGCCUGUGUUUGCUUACAUUAAGUUCCUCUGCUGCUGCUGGCCCCCCUGAGACACUUUGUGGUGCUGAACUGGUUGAUGCUCUUCAGUUUGUGUGUGGAGAAAGAGGUUUUUAUUUCAGUAAACCAGCGGGGUAUGGAGGCAACAGACGUCCACUUCCCACCAAAGGAAUAGUAGAUGAAUGCUGCUUCCAGAGCUGUGAACUGAGACGGCUGGAGAUGUACUGCGCUCCUAGCAAACCACCUAAAUCAGCACGGUCUGUACGAGCUCAACGCCACACUGAUAUGCCUAAAGCACAAAAGGAAGUGCAUUUGAAGAACACAAGUAGAGGAAACACAGGAAACCGGAACUAUAGAAUGUUGCCAUUCAGAAGAUUAAUUGCCACCACUCCAUUCAAAGUUCUGCUUUCAGCGCCUGAGAGCAUCUUCAUAUAUCACAACAAAAGCACCCUUGCACCUUCCUUGUGCCAAUCAUGUGCAUGUACGAGUAUUAGCAACAAGGGAUAACAUGCAGAGGUGUGCCAUUAAAAAAACCCAAUCCCCAAAGCGCUCCGCCGGCACAAGCCCCAUUGAGGAUCGGAGCCUUAAACAAGGGACUUGCCUGCAUCAAAACUUACACAUGGGCAAGCUUCCUUACACUACACAGUAAAUGAAAGCAACCUUUACUUUGAGGGAUGACAGAGUGACUCUAAUGCAUCUCUAACCAAUUUCAAAUGAUGAAAAAUCAAUUUCAACCAAAGGAGAGUUAUGAAGCAACGGAAGCAACCAGCUGGCGUAUUACAGCGUAUGUUUCGAGAUAUGUUUGCCAGCCAAGCACAGGAUUCCUUAAUGAUAAAAGAUAUCUGUUGAUUUAAAAAAAAUAGAAUGUGGUGAUGUGUUUUACGUAGCUCUGGGAGCCUUUGGAACUAUACACACUUUUAACCAACUGUAUCCUCAGAGGCUCGGGGACCAAAAUUGAAUGCAGACUUCCAGUAUCACCUGUCUCUGGCCAGCACCUUUCUGACUGUGUUCAACAGAAUCUAGUUCAAAGUUAACGGGACAGAGGACUGGCCGAUAACAGGAUGGGUGCCCCCAGGAAGUCUACGAUGUUGUAGGUAACCAUCUACCACCUCGGGAUUGUUUUUCAUGAAAGGCGGUAUACAAAUUUAACAAUAAAUAAAGCAUAAAUAAAUAAAAAAUACCAUAUAAAUAUUCUUUCUCUUUAUUCAACUGUCAAAGCGCUAAAUGUUGAGAGUAAUAGUCAUCUGUUUCCCACAGGGUGGUUCUUUCAGAGAAAGGAUAUGAACUGACCCACUUACACUUUAGGUUACGAGGAUGAUCAACAUCAGGGUUUAGAAGAUAAAUUUACCAUAGAAGCCUACAUGAGGGCACUGGAAUUUCCAUUCAUGAAUGAAAACUAUUGGUUCCCAUUGCAUAAAGUAAAACAGUACUGAAGGGCCUCUUUGCUCACAUUCAGCCACAGGGUUUCUCUUUCUCCCCAAGUCCACAAUCCUCAACGCUCUUUGGUGGCGCAAGUCCUGCCAAGGCAAAUGGGCAAUGUACCAGCACAACACUUUGCAAAUUGGGCUGUAAAUGUCUGCAUGUGUACAGUGUUUAUUUGUUUCCCUGUGUUCCUCAAACAUGCAAAAUGUCAUGACUUGAUGACAAGUAAAGAAUAUUUCAUACUGUGUAUGUUACAUCAGUGUUGCAGAAUUUCCCCCAUCCCCACCAAAUACUUUAGCAAUACCACUCAUUCUCCCCAUUUAGCUCUUGUAGGCUUUCCAUGGACACACAGGAAGUCCAAGCAAAUGGAGGUCUUCAUGCUUCCAAAAUCAGAUCUUGCUAGUUCACAACUCUCACAGGCCCACUUAGCCAUGUUGCUCAGUCUGUGCAAACUGUAUAAUCCGGCAGACAUUGUUUCAUAAACAACAGUGCAUACAUGCUUCUGAAAGGCUCUUUAUAUACAUUUAUCAUGAUCUCUCCAAACAAUUUCAAGAGUUAACUGUUUGGUUUUCAUGUCUUCCUGUUUUUUGUUUUGUUUUUUGUUUUGUUUUUUGUUUUAAUCUACACUUAUUGCAGUUGGUUGUGUUUUUUUUAAGGGCUUGGUCACACUGUAGAAAGGCUACCGCAACUGUUGGUUUGUAGAAUGUACGGAAAUGUUUGCAGCCCUCUUGGGAUCCAGUCCAAAUGUGAAACAUUACUGUAAGAGGGUAUCUUUCUAAUGUAUUUGUAUGUGUAGUUGACACCUCUGUGAGGUCUAAUAAAGAAUAAUGGUUAAUAUAAAA